UCGAUGCCUCUUCCAACAACCAGAUUAACAAUUUUUAUAGACACAUGGAACUUCCAGACAAUGUAAAAGACCGGGAGGACAGGUCAAAUAACAACGUAAAUAGGGAGAUACAACUUGACGGCACUUGAAAUCGGCGAAACCAAUUGGACCGAAUAUGGACAGCAAAGGCUGUAUGCUGCUGUUCUCCGGUCACGAUGAGAAAAAUGUUCCACACACGAAGGGAGUUACUCUGAUGCUGUCUAAACGAGCACGAAAUGCACUGAAAGGGUGGGAAUGUCAUUCAACAAACCAGUUGUAGGCGUCACAAUAUUCGCACACAAACGCGUACAAAAAGAUGAAGGAGUCUCACUGGACCACACUGCAGAGAACCAGAUCGAUCAUGUAUGCAACACUAGAACAUUCAGAAGGACGGUGGAAGAUGUGAGAAUCAGGAGAGGAGCUGACAGCUUCAGAUAACCACCUGGUUGUGGUCAGGAUGAAACCGGAGCUAAAGAAGCACCAGAAAACUGGAGAAACAGCAUUACAAGGGUUCGAUAAAGCCUUCCUUCGAGAUACUAACAAACUCAACGAAUUCUAGAUAACUCUCAACAACAGAUUUCAAGCCUUACAGGAUCUACUGAAAGAAGGAACUAGCAAAGAGGACAACUGGAAAGAUAUCAAAGAAGCAUUAACUUCAACGUGUCAGGUUGUUCGGGGCCCCAAGAAGCAUCACCAUAAGGAAUGGGUCUUUAUGGAAUCUCUGAACAAGAUGAAAGAAAGAAAGAACAAGAAGGCAGCAAUUAACAACAGCCGAACACGAGCAGAGAAAUUCCAAGCACAAGCUGAGUACAUAGAAGCAAACAGGCAAGUUUGGAAUCGCAUUAAAUCUUACAAGGUGAAAUACGUGAAAGAUCUAACAAAGACAGCUGAAGAAGCUUCAAGAGAAGGAAAUAUCAGACAACUAUAUGAAAAAACGAAGAAAGUGAUAGGAAAAUAUAGUAAACCAGAGAGAUCGGUCAAGGAAGAGGAAGGGAAGCUAAUCACUGAGAGUCAAGAACAGAGGGGCAUAUGGGAAGUAACUACAAACAUGCUCCACAUUCUGUUCGGGAAGAUUUGUGAGGAAGAGCGAGUGCCGACAGGCUGAAAGAAGAAAACCGCAUCAAGAUACAAAAGAAAGGAGAUCUGAGCAAAUGUGAGAACUAUAGAUGCUUCACACUACUGUCAGUACAAGGAAAGGUUUUCAACAGGGUGUCGUUGAACCGGUUGAAAGAUUCAGUAGAUGCCUAGUUUGAGGUUCAACGGGCUAGAUUUCGCAAGGGUCGGUCCUGAACAGACCAGUUCGUGACGAUGCGGACCAUCGUUGAACAAUCAAUCGAAUAGAGUCGGUCAUUAUAAGUUAGCUUCCCUGAUUAUGAGAAAGUAUUUGACAGUGUGGAUAGGAGAACAUUAUGGUAACAUCUUAGACACUGUGGUGUACCUGAAAAAAUCGCCAAUAUUAUCCGGAAUUCAUACGACGGAUUACACUUCUCUUUCCUGUGGUGGUGAACUAGAUUAUAAAGACCUCCACAUCUGAGGAGAAGUACAGUGUAGCAGCAGCCUUUGGAUCAGUGAGCUUCAACAUACGCAAAGGGAAAAGCAAGAUUCUUAAAUACAACACGGAGAACACCAAUACAAUCAUUAUUCAUGGAGAAACUCCGGAAGAGGUAGAAUCUUUCAUGUACCUGG